AUGAAAAUGCUUGCCCCAAUUUGUGUUGUAUUGUUUUGUGUUUUGAUGAAGCAAGCUUUUGGGAAACCACACGCUAGUAGUUCCUCCAAUCCAACUACGGUAUCGAGGUCGUUCGCGAAACUAAACGUCCGGGAUGGGACUCCCGCAUACAGUAGAUUGAUGCAUUAUCGUUGCAAUACAAACAUGAGACUCACCGAGGCUGUUGCUUGGGCUGAAGCUGAUGUUUUGUCUAGCAAGGCAAACCCGAUCCGAAAUCAAGAAUUCCUUCGUCAUAAUGAGCUGAAUGAGAUCUUUGUGUACAUCUACUGUGAUGAGAAGGACAAUCCGGAUGACUUCUACGACGAUGAACCCAAUUGUUCGAAGGAGGAGAAGACAUGCUGUUUCCCUGGUGAUACUGCCUACUCGAUGAGUGAGCCUGGGAUUUUCUGGGUAGGAAAUAUACGUCAAUCGCAAUUACAGUUCUUUACCAGGCCAACCCUGAGCGAGCAAGUCAGAUGGCUCAAAGGGAAUCCUGAGUCCGCGACCGACAUCAACAAACUUUAUCGGAAUUCAGGAGCAACAUACUUUCACGAAGUACUCCAUUACACACCUACAAUUGGAGACAAGAUCUGGGAUUAGGCUUAUGGGCCUGCCGCAGUAAUAAAGCUAGCUUCUGAUCGAAACACAAAAUGGGCAUCCGACAACGCGGAGUCGUUCAUGAUGGCUGG